GGUGCGGAGGCUGCGGCAGCCGGUAACGGCGUUGGGUUGGUGCCGACUGAGCUUUGUCACAGAACAAGAGGAAGCCAUGGUGUGCAUUCCUUGUAUUGUCAUUCCCGUUCUCCUCUGGGUCUACAAGAAAUUCCUUGAACCGUAUAUCUAUCCCGUUAUCGCACCUUUCAUUAAGCGCGUCUGGCCCAAGAAAGCUGUGGAAGAAACAACAGCCACAAAACAAGGUCAAGGAGGCAGCGCUGGAAAUCCACGGGGACCUUCAGCCACGAAAAGAGAUCAGGAGGAUGAGUCUGGAAUUUAUAAAUUUGAAAGCAAUGGGGUUGCAAAUGGAAUGCCUGCAAAGAGAUGCACAGAGGUUUCUGACAAGAAAACGGAUUAAAGGAAUUCAUUCAUAAGGAUUUUAUUCCCUUGUGUCCAAUAUGAACUGGUGAUAUUUCUCUCACUUGGAAACUUUUUUCUUUGCACGUUUUAGCUGAAUAAAAACCCGUAUCCCUUACAGGAGAGGGUCUCUUUUGCCACUAAAAUGGCAGCUAGCACAUUUCUUAAUUUAAAAUGUUUGAAAACUGAAGUUCUUUAUUAUCCUUACUGGAACUACUUUUCAUCUAUAAUCUAUUUGGUGUGAUUAGAGUUUAGGUUAAAUAACUUAUGAAUAAAUCUAGCUUUGGAAGGUAAAUGUGUCUUAGCAUCUUAGUUUCACUAAAUGCUAGUGAGAUACUUCAGGCUUUCACCUUACAAACUAUAGCUGUUCUUGACCUUGCUGAAGAACUGUGAAUUGCAUUGUGGCAAUGUAAGCAUCAUGGUUAAAUUAUGAAGAGUUUAGAUUUUCAUGUCAAAUCUGUGGAUGAGCUAAAGGAGUCAUGCUGUAUGCAAAAUUUACUCAGCUUACUAAAAGCAGAAAGUCUUGAUUUGAUACUUUCAUUAAUUAUUUUCCUUGAAACAUUGUGCCUUUCUUUCCUGAAGAGCCAGCAGCAGGGGCAUGAUGCAAGAGAAUUGUUGCUUUAUAUUCUGUUGCAGUGGUUUAAAAUGGUGCAGUUCUAUCCUUAAAAAAAUAAAUGCCAACUAAAAUCUCUUUAACAUGCUUGUGUAACUUGCAUUAUAAUAAAACAGGAUUUUAUUUAAAAAUAAGUUGCUUCAUACAAUUGUUCUUAGGCUUCUGAGCUAUAAAUACUUAGAGUGGUAUCAAAAUCUUUGAAAACCUGCAUACAGGCCCCAGACAGAAGCAGGUGAUAAAACUACUGACUUCACGAUAAAGAAAGUGAACUCGGAAAGUCCAGCGUUGCCUCCUCUUGGGAAGAUGCAUUCUGGUACUGGCUUGUAUCCUGCCAUGGUAGUACAAUUGUGAAGCGUUUUAGAUGUCCCUGGGCUUAGUAGGGAAUAGAAGUGAUAAUUCCUGCUUUGUCCUCUCUGCCAAACCAGAAGAAGGUUCUUCUUUAGAAGAUUCAAACCAAAAACAUUCUAGCAAUUUCAGGUUGCUGUUUAGGAUUUAUCAUUUUCCCAAAAGUCCUACCUAAGUCCUACCUAUAUAUGCAGUCCUUGAACCGUCGCUGAGGUCCAGUCUAGUUCUUACAACCAUGUUUUCUCCUACAAGAUAAUUAAUUACUUCGAAGACUUGCUUGAUGUCCGUCAAAUGCCUCUGGCGAGUGAGGCGUAUUGUUUCCUACUACCACCUGGUUUUGUCAGGUCUCGUGUGAAUCGAUCUGCGACGUUCACAGCUGGGCGUCGGGCCCUUGUUGCUACAACUGUCUGUAAUGACUUGAAUCACAGAAAGCUCCUUGUAAGAUGUUGCCUAAUGCUGUUUGCUCUCCCUUAGUGAGCUAGUCUAUUAGGAAGUGAAUUUGGUAUUGCUGUUUAAUCAGCUUUUGUAUCAUCCUUGGAAGAUAAGCCCCCAUCUGAUUAGCAUAUCACAGGUACAGCUUUCUCCUGGACUGGUGAAGUACCUACCCUUUGUGAUAUUAAAACGUGGUUUUAUUAUUCUGAGCAUGCAUGCAUGGUAUAAUUCAUACAA